AUGAUUAUGCCUGCUAGAGUAUCUCCAAACGAAUGUACAGUGCCUUCAGAUAACGGAAUGUCCUAUUCCAAUUCUGAGCAACAAGCUACCGUGAACGAAGUUUCAAACUUGACUGGUUCGCCUCCCGAGGCAAAAAAUGUGAACGAACAUCUGUUUAAGGCGAUCAGUGACAUCUUCAGGCCUAUACUCAAGCUGAUGAAUUUGUUUGGAAUAUACUACGGGGAUAACACUCUGAAAUCUUUGACAGAUGAUUCUGGUCGUUUGUCGAGGAGAGCGUAUGUUUCACUCAUGUAUUGUGGUCUGGUAGUUACUGGCCUUUGGUUCAAUUUCUUUUUGGCUUUUCUCAGUUGCUUUUUUGUCCCUGAGAAGAUCUAUGUUUCUUUAAUGUUCUGCUUAUGGUGUCUUAUGGGAGCACUGAAUGCAACAAUUACCCUGAUUGUGUCACCAGUAACAAGAACAAGAAAAUCACGUUUUCAGCACUUCGUUCGUGGUUUAAUCGACAAUAAGAGUCAUGCUACGUUGGAAAAGGUAACAGUCAAAUCAAGAAAUGGCAUAAUUGCGUUUUUCCUUGUAUUUGCUAGUGCUACUGUGGGAUCGUUGAUGACAUGUCUAAAGCUUGAUAUGAAACUUGCCGACUUUAAGCCUUUAAGUGAAUCACCUGUCUUUGCCAUAGUUUCCGUCAUCUUUCUGAUAAUAGCUGUUGGUUCGUGGUUGCUUCCAGUACUCCUUUUCUGUAUUACGUGUCUCAUACUGGCGGAACUGUUUGAUGAUUUGAGUAAGCGGAUGAAACAGCAGUCAUUGCACUCAACAACAGUGCAACUAGCUUCUUUUAAGGUGGAGCAUCACCAACUAUGCGAGGUUGUGGAACUGGCCGCUGCGAUGUUUUCUCCUCUACUUCUCGAAAUGGUGUCUUUAUACAUUCCUUUGAUUUGCUUCAAUUUGUACCUCGCUGUUCAUUCACCUGGGAAUACUGAGGAAAAGAAAUAUUUGUUCAUGGGAAAUAACUUUUUCUGGCUCAUUGCGUCAGUUUGUGUUUUAACAAUUAUCAUGCUGUUUGGAUCCAAAGUGAGCGAAGGGGUACGUGUACAUUUUGAAUCAUUAUUUGUUUUUUUGAUCCUAUUUUCCUAGGAUAAUUUCAUUAUUCUUUUACAUCCAUCUCUUAUUAAAUGCAAAACAUAUGUUCCACUUAAAGUGCUUCCACCUUUUGAAUUGAUUACAAUGUAGGGCCUGUUGACUUUGUUAUUGUCUUGAAUAGUUCUUAUUUGUUUUUCUUUAAUUUCAAUAUUUGAUAAUGUUAUUUUUAUUCCAAUAUGCUUCAGAUUCACAGUUUUCAAAAGAUUUUGCGAACAGUUCCUGUUUCAAAAGAAGACGAAGGAAAGGUAAUUGCAUAUUUGCGCGAUUAAGAGAAACUUUUCCUUUUCUUAACUUAGAUUAAUCUCCACAUAUAUUUUUAUUGAAAUAAAUAUUCGCAAUGAAAGCCGCCCAGGAAAAAUAAGCUGUAAAAUAAAUUCAAGAAAUCUUUUUAAAGCUGGUGUCACAAUGUGUUGUGCUCAUGUAGAAGGCUCUUCGAUCUACAAGAGAGCAAAUUAUUAGCUGCCAUUUAGAUAAAGUAAGUUUGGGAGUAGAAGCAGUUGUAAAUACAGGUGACAGGCUGAUUCAACAUGGCCCCCUAUCUCUUCACGGUAUUAUUAUGUUUUCUAGCUCCUCUUCUCAGUCUAAAAACCAUUAAUUCUCCCUAUAAAUUUCGUCAUCCACUUUUACUCCAGAGAGGGUGAACUGAAAUGUUUUAUUUCUCUUUCUAUUAUCUUAAAAUAAUUAUAAUAGUAAUAAUAAUUACAAUAAUAAUAAUGAAGAAUUUCUAUAGCGCCAAAUUGAUCGGCUCAUAGCGCUUUACAACACUUUGCGGGGGACCUUGGCCAGACUGCAUUGAGCAGUUCACAAUUUUUGAAGGAAAUUUUUUGGAGAUGCCUCCAUUUUCAGAAUUAAGGCCAGACCACAAUACCAGGAGAUGCGUUCCCUAAUCUUUGCGAGAAAUGUACGGGUUCUUAAAUAUGCUCUUCUAACCAGUGCGUAUAAAAUGCAGGAGACGGGGCCUACGGUUUUUCGUCCAUCUUCGAGAAGACUAAAAUAACUAACCAUAGCGAAGACAGCACAUUCUCCUUAGUCAUUUUAGGACACUGAGUCGUUCGGCCUUAGGCUUGAGCCUUCGACCUCCCAUACGGCAGUCCGGUGCUCCCUACGACAUGAGCUAACCAGGCGGCGGUUUAAAUAACAAUAAUAAUAAUAAUAAAAAAUGGUGAGUUUUUCCUAUGGAUUCAAAAAUUGAUAUUUAUCGAUUCUUAUCUAUUUUCAGUUGGUGAUGUUUAUGCUUGAUCUUCAGGGAGACCCACAGGGUUUGUCAAUUGGUGGUCUUGUGGUCAUCACCAAGUCCUUGUCUUUGACGGUAGGUCUAUUCCGCGAAAGGCAGCUUGAUUUACGCGAAGAGUUACAAUUUUGGUUAAAAUCUGCUAAUUUUGCAAUUUAUUACUAUUUUAAUUUUUUGACAGAUCGCCGGAGUGAUCAUUUCUUAUUUCGCUGUUAUGUUGUCUCUGCCGAGUUAA